CACCAGUGACAGCUGUCGGCCGUUCUCCGUGUUUUCAUUUUCAUCAAAAGAUUUUCGUGCACGUUUUAGUUUGUUUGCUAUCCAAAAUAAACUAAAACAAUAACCUAGAAAUUCAAGAUGCAAGUCUUUGAAAUAGAUAACGUGAAAAUUUACAAUCUAAGCGCUGGGAAAUCAUUGCCUGAUUGGUUAUCAGAACGCAAGAAACGGGCACUUUUGAAAAAGAAUGUUGACCUUAGGAGAAGAAUUGAGCUUAUACAAGAAUUUGAUAUGCCUGGUGUAAGCACUUCACUGCGAACAUCUAAGGAUGGACAAUAUAUAAUGGCAACUGGCAUAUAUAAACCAAGGGUCAAAUGUUUUGAUGUCAACAAUUUGUCCUUAAAGUUUGAAAGAUGUUUAGACUCUGAGGUGGUCACUUUUGAAAUCUUAAGUGAUGAUUAUUCUAAGAUUGUAUUUUUGCAAUGUGAUCGUUAUGUGGAGUUCCAUGUUGGGCAUGGGCGUCACUACAGAUUGAGAGUACCUCGUUUUGGAAGAGACAUUGCCUACCAUAAACCAUCAUGUGACUUGUUUGUUGUUGGCGCCUCAGCUGAAGUAUAUAGGUUGAACUUAGAAUUAGGUAAAUUUUUAGCACCACUCACAACAAAAGCAACUGAAAUAAAUUGUUGUGGUGUUAAUGAGGAACAUGGUCUACUUGUCGUGGGAACAGAGAGUGGGCAUGUAGAAGCAUGGGAUCCAAGAACCAAAAGUAGCCAAGGAAUAUUAGAUUGUGCCCUGUACUGCACAGAUUCGGAAUAUAAGAAUGAAAGUUUGCCGGCUAUAACUGCUUUGAAAUUUGAUGGUCCCCUCAGAAUGGGUGUUGGAACAUCCACAGGUCAUGUACUGUUAUAUGAUAUAAGGUCAAGUAAGCCUCUCUUGGUGAAAGAUCAUAUGAAUGAAAUGCCUAUAAAAAAAAUUGAAUUUCACAAACACCAUGACUUUGUCUAUUCUAUGGAUUCCACAAUUGUAAAAAUUUGGAAUAAAAACAGUGGCAAACAAUAUACUAGUAUUGAAUCAUCUGUCGACUUCAACGAUUUGUGUGUUAUUCCGAACACUGGGCUUUGUAUGAUGGCAGUAGAAGAUCAAAAAAUGCAAAUAUAUUACAUUCCUUCACUCGGUCCAGCUCCGAAGUGGUGUGCAUUCUUGGAUAACUUGACUGAAGAAAUGGAAAGCUCCACAUUACAGACAGUUUACGAUGACUAUAAGUUUGUGACGAAACAGGAAUUGGAGUCACUUGGCUUAGAUCACCUUCUUGGAACAAAUCUUUUGAGGGCAUAUAUGCAUGGAUACUUCGUCGAUGUGAGGCUCUAUAAGAGAGCAAAAUCAAUUGCAGAUCCGUUUGCGUUUGAAGAGUAUAAAAAACGUAAAAUUAGGGAGAAGAUUGAACAGCAGAGGCCGUCUCGCCUCAUGGUUGAUGAUAAUCUUCCCAAAGUUAAUCGGGAGUUAGCUUCGCGUUUGAUGGAUGAUGAUGGUCGGAAGAAGAAAGUUUCCAGUAAUCUUCUAAAGGAUGAUCGGUUUAAGGCUUUGUUUGAAAAUCCUGAUUUUGAAGUUGAUAAAGCGGCAGAAGAAUAUCGUCUUCUGAAUCCAGUUCUUUCGAGGUUUGACAAACCCAAACCUUUGGAAGUAAAAUCUAUGGAGGUUGAAGAAGAUCAAGAAGAUUCGGAUAUUGAUCUUUACCAAUCUAGUGAAGGAAGUUCAGAUGAAGACCGUUCCUGGGUUAAAGAUAUCAAAAAACAGCAUAAGAUUAUAAGGAAGCAGCAGAAUACGGAAGAAAACUCAAUCAGCGAAUUCAGACAAGCACCAAAAGUGUAUAGUAAUAUCAAAAGUAUAUAUGAUACCAGAGUAAGUAAGGUGAGCCUAGGUGACCGCCUCGCUAUUGAAGGGUCCACUUUGGUGACGAGUACCGGUGGCAAUAAAGAGAUGAAAUUCUCAAUGCGAUCCAAAAAGGCGGAACUAGAAAAUCAUAAGAAAAUGAAAAAGCACUACCAGGAAAGGAAACAGAUUGUGAGAAAAACUGGAUUUUUAGUGAAAAGUAAAUUUAAAAAGCUGUGAUUGUGUUAUGUUUAUUAAGUGUAUUGUACAUUGUAUAUAUGUAUUUGUUGUAACAUUAUCGCCUAAUAUAAUGUAAAUAUAAAUGGUAAUCAAAA